UAACCCUUACCUUAACUGCUAACUUUAUGCCUAACCCCAAUCUUAAUUGAAGACAAAACAGUUAAUUUUUGUUUUCAUAAACGUUCACGAUAUAGCCACGUUGACUGUGUGACUGUUGUAACUAAUGGGAAAGCUUAUUUCCUACGUACGCCAUUCGCCCUGCUGGAGUGGUGCCUAUUUUUUGUGUUGCACGUGUCCCGUCAAUAUCGCUGGAUUUCUAUAGCUGAAUUGACUUGACUUUUAUUUUCAAAUAUCGUGUCGGAACGGAAAUUUCACAUUUUAAAGUGGGGGUCAAUGAGAGCGGAGACUUAGUUAUCUAGCUAGCGGCUGCUAGCCUAGACACAUUUACAGUUAACUAUCUAACGUUAGUAGAACAUGCCCAGACUGGUCAUACCAGACCGAUAGGUUGCGAUUCUUUCAGACAUGGAUUACAAUUUCCCACAGAAACUUUUCCCGGUUUAUUUCAACUCUGGGCCCCCAAGUUCUACGUUUAGACAUAACGUCGGAGGUUGGGGUUCGUAUGGUCAAGUGUUGGAAGUCAACGUCGCUCUACACGAGAACGACGUUAGUCUACCAAAAGUAGAUUGGAAGUUCGAAUCUCAACACCAAGUGAAGGGAGAGACUUGGGUGCCAGUGGAACCGAUAGCAAUACCACUUCUGCGACCAAAAAGAGGCCACAAAUGGUCAUCAACAGCACUGUCAGAUCCUUUGGACUUUUCAGAGCAAAUGCAGAACUUCUACCAGUACAAGUACACGGAUGCGUUUUGCACAAUGAGCCACAUCCUGGGGGAUAACUUCCACUUUAGACAGGGGAGGAGAAAGGUGACUGUCCUGGGGGAUAACUUCCACUUUAGACAGGGGAGGAGAAAGGUGACUGUCCUGGGGGAUAACUUCCACUUUAGACAGGGGAGGAGAAAGGUGACUGUCCUGGGGGAUAACUUCCACUUUAGACAGGGGAGGAGAAAGGUGACUGUCCUGGGGGAUAACUUCCACUUUAGACAGGGGAGGAGAAAGGUGACUGUCCUGGGGGAUAACUUCCACUUUAGACAGGGGAGGAGAAAGGUGACUGUCCUGGGGGAUAACUUCCACUUUAGACAGGGGAGGAGAAAGGUGACUGUCCUGGGGGAUAACUUCCACUUUAGACAGGGGAGGAGAAAGGUGACUGUCCUGGGGGAUAACUUCCACUUUAGACAGGGGAGGAGAAAGGUGACUGUCCUGGGGGAUAACUUCCACUUUAGACAGGGGAGGAGAAAGGUGACUGUCCUGGGGGAUAACUUCCACUUUAGACAGGGGAGGAGAAAGGUGACUGUCCUGGGGGAUAACUUCCACUUUAGACAGGGGAGGAGAAAGGCAAGUGAAAGAAAUGCUGUUCACAUGUGGCAGAUGAAGCACUUCAUGCACACACUUAAAUACAAAAAGUGCGAGUUAACUCAUUUGGAGCGGCAGGCCAAAAGGUACCACAACCUGUUAUCAGAUGUGAUCCAUGACAUCCCUCCAGCCCUGCUAGCUGAUCAUCUCCAUGAGGAGCUGACCUAUCAGAGCGGGCAGGAGCAGUUCUCUGACCACGCCACAGGGGGUGCCAUAGGGUACAUUUCCUUUACCAACACCAGUAUCUCUCAGCAAGGCUGUCUGGUGUACCCUGGGAAAGCUGGCCUUAACAAGCUUAACUUCCACAGGGUGGUGCUAGAGUUUCAAGAAGGGAAGCCUCCAUGUUUUGAUGUGAGCCACAAGCCUCUCUCAUUCCAGCUCAAUGGUACAAUCAGACAGAUCACCAUUGGCCUUCCGCAGGAUGAAUGUCACGUGGGGGUGCGCUGUGACUACCUGUGUGGUGUCUGGAAGGUCAGUGAGAAGAACAUCCCUAAGACUCUGGAGGUCAUUCAGACCAAGCAGCCUGCUACAUGUCUCAGUGCCAGUCCCCAUGUCCUUGGAGAGCUUCUGGUGACCAGUGAGAGUGGAGCUGCCUAUCUAUGGACGGUGGGGAAAGGUUUGCAGAAGUUCCGUCAGGAGUACAGUAACCUGUACUUCAAUUCUAAGUCGUCAUGGAGAUGGUGUGACUUCUCUGGCCACCCCAGGGUGAUGGUGUAUGCUGACCGGACAGGUGUGGAGCUCACUGAUAUCAGGACCAAAGAUCAUUGCAGCCACACGCUGUUUCGUAUCGGCCAAACUCCUGACUGUAAGAGUGGCGAGAGAGUCAUCCUGUCCAAUUACCUGAGAGAUGUCCACACCUUCCACCACCUCGUCACCACACAGCACUCUGCCUACGUCAUGGAUGAGCGUUUCCCCUGCCUCCCCAUGAUCCAGUGGGAUCACAUGAUGGAGCAUCCUCCCAUGUUUGCCCAGGUCGUGGCGGGGUUACCGUCGGGGGGAGGGACUACUAAGGUGCUGCUGGGCUCUCAGAGAUCACAGGAAGUGAUCCUGCUACAGUACUCAGGUGGUAGGGAGGAGGCCUGUGUCACCAGGGGCCCACCUCGGGCCUUGCUCAGCCCCAGAGACAGCCUUGGACACCUGCCUGUCCAACUCCCCCACAGACAGCACCAUGCCCAGGACAGACUAGCCAAUCCUGCUGCUGGUCUUACUGUCAUCCAUCAGAGUCAAGCCAAGGAGGACUGUAUCUGUGUGCUGCAACUCACUGAGGCCGGAGACAUCUUUUACCACACGCUAAAGUCCCAGACUGAGACCUUCAGUAAAGACGACCCACCGGCACCAACCCAGAACUCCGUGGGACCCGAGGGACGUAGCGGAGAUGUACAGAGUACGUUAGGAACCUCAAGAAGUAGUGCCCUAGGUGAAACAUGGUAUUCCUCUGGACCCCAGUCUCCUGCGGAUGACUCUGGGUUCGAGGGAAGGAGACAGCCGUGGGACACUCCUAGGGCUGGACUGGAGAUGGUUAUCAACGACCCUCAUGACGACCUGUACCUGACGCUAGCAACAAACACAGGAUUAACUGAUACUCAGGAAACCGCUGCUACUGCUCCUCUACCUACAGUCCAGUCUUUGGACACUAAUGUUAACAUUAACCCCGUCAGGCCAAAGGCCAAAGUCAGUGAUGAGGCUCUGUUGGUUUGGAGGAAGUGGAUCCUCAAACUGUUAAAGUGCCCCCGGAAGCGCCGCAAUCUCCCACACAAGACCACAAAAACCGAGUAUCUUCUACCCGACGACAGCCUUCAGAAAGACCCGUUGGAAGAUCACUGUCGUCGGACCCUGAGGAAGGACCUGAGGGAGACCAUGAGGAAUGGACAUGUCCUCGUCCACAGGAACACCUGUCUCAAACCCCUGGCUCUGGUCCCUGUCCCGGCACCCGUGGAGCCCUCUGAGUGGGCUGAUGUGCUGAGCGAGAGGAUGAGCGCAUCGUGGGAGCCUGGGCUGGGGGGAUGGAGGAGCUGGUGGGAGGAGAGGCUGGGGCUGAACCGAGAGGAGAAGGUGGAGGCUCUGCGGAGGAAGAGGAGGAGACAGAAACAGGCAAAGGCUCACAGUCGUAUCGACCUAUCAGGCAGCUUCACCUCGUCCAUCAGCUACCAAUCAGACCUGGACAGCGCCUCUCUCUCCGGUUGGUCCUCGGCAGCCAGUCAGUACGCCAGCUCCGACGUAGACAGUGCGGCCAAAAGCUGCUACAACACCAAGUGGGCCACCCUGUCUGAGCCGGGUACACCGAGGGCUACCACACCAACACCACAGACCAGUAACUCACAGCCCACAACACCUCAUAGGGUGUUUGGUUCAAAACCAACUACACCACUGAAGCAGCUUAGUAGUUUCCUCUCCCAGCCCACUAUCCCCUAUUCACAGAGCAGUAGCAGUUCACUGCCCACUAUCCCCUAUUCACAGAGCAGUAGUAGUUCACUGCCCACUAUCCCCUAUUCACAGAGCAGUAGUAGUUCACUGCCCACUAUCCCCUAUUCACAGUUCACUAGUUCCGAGCCACUGUUUACACCCCAAAAACAGCCCACCGUUGGUAAGUUGUUGCCCUGGACAACAGUAGGUUCUGACUCCAGCGCGGCGGGCAUUUUGAGAACGGUGGUGGCAACCCAGAAGCCAAAGCCACAGAAUCAGGAUUAUUUAAAUUCUCUCUUUGCAUCCCAGGAGCCUAUGGAUGCCUCACAGGGAGUAGGGUUUAAUGAGAGCAGACAUCAUACUCCUUUGGCCACCUCUUCUCAGCUGUCCUCCAUCUCUACUUCACAGAGGAACCUGAAAGUGGGACUGACCUCCUCAGAACCCAAAAGGAAGAAGUCUCGUAUGGGAUUCUGAUCUGAGUAUUGGUAGAUGUAGCCUCACAGCCAACAGUUAUUUUUCAAAUGAGAUGAUUAUGAUGGAUGGAACUACGGCGAGGGAUCUUUUUCAACUUUUGUUUUUCUGGUUGAUUUUACGUGUUAAAUGACAGGACUGUGAAGUGUGAAUUGGCUAUUGAGAGUUUUCUGGGAUAUUCUAGAAACCAAAAGCAUGAAGUCACAAUAUUUUUUGGGGUUUAAAAUAAAAUCUAUAUUCAUUAA